UAUAGUGCCAUAUUUAACGGGGGUAUAACGGACUCGAGUAUUUAGUUACAGCUUCUGCUAAUGCUUGUGGCUUUCCUGGUGACUGUCAUUUAUCGUUCGAAAAAGGGCACUCAGUAUGCACAUAGCAGAACCGGAGAAGUUUAUUGCACUUGCCAAAUCUGCAUGUUUUCAGUCCGUACGCUGAGAAUGCGCAGGUCCAGAUUAAAGUGAUCUUUGUGCGGUGUUAAAAAUAAAACAUUUUCUUUAAGUAAGCAGCCAGGGUGGACUUAAAUUCGCGUUAUUUGUUCAUUGAUAUUGUUUUCUCUGACCAGAUUUUUUUUUUUUAUUAACUAGUGAAAGACAUGUGACCUGAUGGAUAGUUGGCAACUAGCCUUUUGAGGCACAGCUGAUUUCUUCUAAAUAUUCCUGCUUACCUUUCUGUCCCCUGAAACCAGCGCGGCAACUGUGCAAAUAUCGCUGCGAUGUAAGUUUGUCCUACCUGCUCACCGUGUUUAUCCGUGUGCGUAUCCUACAGUGUUCUGAACAGGCCAGCUCCAAUGGCUGAACCACGGAGGGUGCAACUAACCACACUUUCAGACAGCGGGACUCUUUCGGCCACCCUCUUUAAAAAAGCAAAUAAGGACACUGAGGCCUGCACCCCAGGGGACACGGAGAAAUCCGAAACAACUGCCCGCCUCGUCAUUACCCUCUUUGAACCGGACGACAGGCGCUGUCCCGAGUUCUACUAUCCAGAACUCGUGGGAAGAAAUAAGAAAGAAUCUGUAAAUGUAACUGCUGAUUUUUUUGAAAAUGCUGAAGACAAUGACAAACAAAGACAAGAGGUGGAAGCCCUUGCUAAGAAGUUUGAAGAAAAAUAUGGUCCAAAGAAGCGCAAGAAGGACAGAAUGCAGGACUUAAUUGAUAUGGGCUAUGGAUAUGAUGACACUGAUCCGUUUAUUGACAAUUCUGAAGCGUAUGAUGAGCUUGUACCUGCUUCUUUAACAACAAAAUAUGGAGGGUUUUACAUAAAUUCUGGAACCCUUCAGUUCCGGCAAGCAUCAGAAUCUGAACAAGAGGAUGAUUUUACAAAAGAGAAAAAAAAAGUAAAGUCUCCAAAGAAAAAGAAGAUCAAGGAUGGGAAUGAUAAAAUAAAGAAAAAAAAAAAGGAAGACAGUCAGCAUAAGAAAUCCAAGCUGUCAAAAGCUGGAAUCAUUCCAUUGAACUCUAAUAAGGAGGAAAAGAAGAAAAAGAAAAAAUACACUGGUGCCCUUAGUGUAAAAGAAAUGUUAAAAAAGUUUCAGAAGGAGAAAGAAGCCAUGGAAAAAGAAGACCCCAAAUCACUGGCCAGUAUCCAGACUACAAGAGAUGUAGAAAUCAGUUUAAAUGUCUCUGAUCCACUGUUCUCACUUAUUGGGUCUGCAAAUGAAAAUGAUUUACUUCAAGCAGCUAGUAGUAUAGACAUAGCUGAUAUAGAUUUAGAAAAGCUCCUGUCUGAAUCUCCAGCUGCCAGCCCACUGAAUGAUAUGGAUGAGGGUAGUGACCCUCUGUCUGCUGGACAGAGUACAAGUCAUAAACAAAUGCCUACACUACCUGAAGGUCUGCCUAUGCCUUUGGAGACACGUAUUAAAGAACUUACUUUGGCAGCCAAAGCCUCAGAGGGAGAGGGCAAGCAGAAAUUUUUUACACAAGAUGUGAACAAUAUGCUACUUGACAUUGAGCUUCAGUCCAGAGAACUGAAUAACCAGGCGCGUUCUGGUGUUUAUGCCCACCUGGCCUCUUUCCUUCCCUGCAGUAAGGACACAUUGGUUAAAAGAGCAAAGAAAUUGCAUUUACAUGAACAGGAUGGGCGUCUUAAAGAUCCAAUGCAGAAGCUUAAAGAAGCCAUUGGAAGAGCAAUGCCUGAUCAGAUUUCCAGAUACCAAGAUGAAUGCCAAGCUCAUACCCAGGCCAAGUUUGCCAAAAUGCUGGAAGAAGGUAAAGAGAAAGAACAAAAGGAUCGAUUGUGUUCUGAUGAGGAUGAAGAUGAAGAAAAGAGUGGAAAGCGUGUUAUGGGACCUCGUAAAAAGUUUCUAUGGAAUGAAGAGAUCAGAGAAUUUCUGUGCAAUGUUGUUAGAAUUAAGAUGGGCAGCUAUGAACUUGAGAAAAACAAGUCCCAAUCUGCAGAAGAGUAUUUAAAGGCAUUCCUUGAAGCGGAAGUCAAGAUGUUGUGGCCUAAAGGUUGGAUGCAAGCAAGGAUGUUGUUUAAAGAGAGCAGGAGAGCACACAGCCAUUUUACUUCUGCACAGACCAAAAAGAAAGUUAUCACAGCACCUAAAAUGAAAAUUAAGGAUCCAUUUGUGAAACUGGAAAGGAAAAUCAUCCCUUUAAUGAAUACCUCUGUUACACAGUCUGGAAGUACACUCAUGCAAGGCGCAUGUGCCAGUCCACUUACGUCUGUGGGCUCAUUUAUUUCGGCAACAACAGUUGUGCCCAAUACAAGUAGCACAACCAACCCUCACUCUUUCAAUAUGGAUGAUUCCCUCGAUGAAGAUCUGAUACACAAUCCUCCGUCCCUGGAAGCUGUUUCGGAAGAACUGGCAGCUCUAAAUAGUGCUGCAAGGGGUAGCCCUGAUUUUAAUUUCCCUCUGGUGCCCAAAUCAAUGAGUGAAGUAAAACCAAUAUUAAAACCUACUGAGGAGACAAAGAAUUUGACAAACUCCAUACUUGCUACUUCAGCUAUAAUAGCAUCAACACCAUCAUCAUCGCAGUCUCCUUUAAACCUCUUAGCUGAACAGGCUUUAGCUCUUGGGCAGCUUUCUCAAGAUAGACAGCCUGAAAACCAUUCAGCUCCACUGCUGGUUGGCUUCAAAGGACUUCUGAAUCAGCCAAGCAGCAAAAAUCUUUCAGAAAACCAUCAGGCCAAACACAAGAAUCUUGGUUUGCAACGAACAAGCCAAGCUAUUUCACCUGUGCAGUCUCAAAGCCUCAGACCUUUUCAUCAGACAGAUGUUGCUCAGAAAAACUUUCCCUCUCCACAACAGUUUAACAUCAAUAAAUUACAGAACUCUCAGACAAAGGCAUCUAAACUGCUUCAGCAAUGUGCCACUUUGCAGCAAGCUAAAAAUGCAAAAACACAGACAUUUCAUGGCUCUGCUGCAUCUCUGCCAAACAAUGUUCAAGCUGCUGUUAGUGCCCCUAAAAUCCUUACUUCCCAGUCAUCUUCGGUUCUUUAUACGUCAAAGCAUUCCUCUGUUGGUUCUUCAAACCAGUCUUACAAGACAACAUUUUCAUUGAGUUCUUUGUCAAAACCUACUAUUCCUUCCAGCAGCCUCAUACACAGUGCCUCUAGUAACCAGACAUCCCUCUCCAGUGGCCUGCUAACAAGCAGAAAGCCUCCUUCACCAAGUCAGAGUGCAAGCUUACAGUCACAGACUUCCACUGUACAAAAGUCUUCAGUUUCCCAGAAGCUUACACUGGUUGCUCCUCCAGGAGGUAUAAACGGAGAGUCUACUGCUGGUACACAGGGGGUUGCUAGACUACUUACUUCUUCCCUCAAGCCAGUGGCAGUGAGCAGCUGUUCAACAUCCUCUCAGGCAGCAUCGUCUCUGAAGAACACCACUGGGACAUCUGUUCUGUCCAGCUCUCCAUCUCUGAGCCUUCUCUCACCUUCCUUCACCACAACUGGUCAGAAGUUGGCACCGGGAACACUUGGUAUUUUGCCAGGGAUUGUUCCCAUGCACACAUUCAGCUUUCCUGUUAUAUCAUUUGGUUCAGACUCUAGUGCAGCAACAGGAACAAAAGAUGCAAUUGUGACAGGGCCUGCACCAGGGACAUUCCACCAUGGGCUCACACACAGUAUUUUUGCUGGUCUGCACUCUAGUUCUCACCAUACAACGCAACUUCCAAAAUCCAAUUUGUCCACACAUUUACAGCAAAGUUUACAAGAUGGCAACCAAAUUCAUGGAGACAGUACCAAUGCACAGAGAAAAUUGCAGUAAUGUUUUACACCAAAUAAAUGUCAAUUCUUUUCUGAAUGUCCAUCAAGCAACGUCUGGAGAUGGUGAUAAACUGGCUACAAAAUAGUACUUAUUUUGUCAGGUUGUUAACCUUUAAUUACUCGUUUUCAAUUAAGAAAUUGCUUCAUUAAAAAAAAAACUUUGUGCCCUGAAUGGUGGGAAAUAUCGGGAUUUAAAUUUGGUGUACAAAAGCUGCAUUUGGCUUCAGUGCACAAGAAAGAUCAAAUAUGUACAUGUGAAACUUUCAAAGUAUUUCUCUUGAAAACCUGCACAGUAUUGAUUUUUAGGAAUAUGUAAUGGCUUUAUGAAACUUAAUUUUAUGGCAGAACUAUUUUUGGAAGGAUUUCACUUCAGUGAUUAUUUUCUAGUCGGACUGAUUAUUUCAUACAACAGGGUAUUUUUUUGUGUAGAUGAGGGUUUCUGGCUUUUUGUAAGAUCUUUGUUUUUAGAACUAGCUAAAAGAAAUGUCUGUCUGCACUUGUUUUCAUUAUCAAAAUUCAAACAAAAAAUACAUAAAGAAUAUUUCAACAGAUUUGUGUUCCUCUGUUCUUUUGAAUCCACUUUAUGCUGAAUAUUGUGUUACAGUGUAACUAAUUUGCUUUCUAGCAUUCUGGUUUUCUUUAACAGGCUUCAUGUGUGCCUAGAUGUAUUAAGUUGUAGACAUGUAGGACUGUGAUGGCUUGUAGAUAAAAGAAAUACAAUUCUCAGAAAAGAUUUGCUUUAGAUUUCAUGCUGUGUAAUUUUGUUAAUUUACAUAACUUUUGUAGAGCAUUAAGUAAAUUAAUACAGCACUUGUUCACUGUUUAUUUAUUUUUUUUUUUUUGUUUUUUGUUCGUUCAGUGUGACAGCUCUCCAGCUUCUGAACAAAUGACAUUUUAAUCAUCUCUUAAAAUUCUUAAUUUAUCAUUGCUCCAUCAAGUUUGGGACUAAGGUGCAUUUCCAUUGUAAUAGUACAAAAUCAUUUCAGGCCUACUAUUUUUUCAUUUUUAAAGAAUCGGUCAAGUAAAAUAUAUAAUUUUGUUUUAUUUAUGUAUACUUUGAUUGAAAUACUUCUUUUGUACAUUUUGUGUCAAUAUGUCUUCUUCCUCGUAUAAAUUAUUUCUAUAAUGUCUUCUAUCUCUGUAUAACAAAUUCGUUUAUUUAAUUGUUCCAAAUUUAAAUUCAGUUUUGUUAUCAAUCUGAGCCAAGAGUAUAUUUUCCUACAUAAUAUUUGUAUUUUUAUUAUUUUGUAAAAAUUGUUUAUGUAAAAAGUAUGUGUCAUGAAUGUUUGAGAAAUACUUCUGAUUUAUUCUUCCCUUUGCUAUUUAAGGACUUUGAAUCCAUUUGAUUCACUGACUUGUGUUGUAAAAGUGCAUGAACCAAACAGGGAUCCCCCUUUUUUUAAAAAAAAAAA